CUCGUCUCCUCACACUCUUUGUUUACAUAAAUGCUUCUUGGCUUUCUCACAAGACUGACUUCAACGCCUUCAAGGCUCCACUUCGGGUUUCUGCACCUUGAGGAUUUGAGGAGCCUCCAAAAAUCUUCCUGCUUAGAUCUUCCAAAGCAGUUGCCACCAUUUCACCCCCAAGCGGCAUGUACAGCUCCAGCUACUCCCGGGCCAAGUUUGGCCUGGAAGCAAGGGAGCCUCUGCACAAACCUAAAGGGAAGAGCUGCGGCUACUACUUGAGGAUUGUGUUCUUCUUCUCCUCCCUCAUCCAGUCCCUUAUCAUCGUCAGCCUGGUGCUCUUCCUCAUCUACGGGCAGCCUGAGAAGUCAGCCGAGGAGAAGCGAGUCAAGGAGCUGCAGCUGGCCUUAAACAGACUAAGCGAGAACAACUUCCAGCUGACAAAAGAGAAGGGAGAGCUGGGAGCUCAGCUAGGGGCUCGCUCGGCUGAGAAAACCGCUCUGGAGAAAGAGCUGGAGAAGCUCAAGACCGAUGCCAACAAUACAGAGCUUGAACUAAGGACUAAAUUAGCAAACUGUGAGAGGCAGAUUGUAACAACACGGAGCACGGUGGUGCGAUGUCCCACGCCACCGAUACAGCAACCUAUCGUGGUCAAUAGUGGAAGUGAACUCAAAACUUUGCAGAGCCUCAACGAUCAACAGAAAGCCAUGAUAGAUCUCAUCGAGGCCAACUUCACCCAGAUGGUUCACUACCUGAGUCAGGCGAGGGACAACGCCCUUAAAGACAGAGACGUCCAUCACCAGGAUGCCGUCGCUCUUCGGAGACAAAACACCAUGCUGGAACAGCAGCUCACCACAUACACCAGGAAAUGCAAGGAGGACUUUGCUCAUUCUUUGGAUGGGAUCCAGACGGUGACCAGGGAUUUUCUGAACAAAAUCAACAACCUGUUCCCUCACCAGAUGACCUUUCACCUCACCUGUGAGAGCCAGCAGGAGCAAAUGGAGAAGAUAAGAAGCAGCUGCACAAACCUGUCUCGUGACGUGGAGAAUAAAUUUCAGCAGUAUUUGGACAACGUGGGCAACAAGGUGGCUCAGAUUCAAGUCCUCUCCAGUCGUCUGGAGGUCCAACACGCACACUUGACCACCGACCUGCAGCGGUGUGAACACAACCGCAGCGAGACGGUCGCUGAGACCAACAGGCAGCUCCAACUCAAGCAGAGGACUUAUGACGAGAAGAUGGAGAAACUCCUCAUUGAGCAGAGCCGGCUGAGAGAACAGAAAAAACUGCAAGAAGACACUUUGGCCCUGAGAGAAAGCGAGCUGCAGACCCUGAGGGCACUGCCCAAUUGUAAGGUUGGUCUGUCUAAACCUGCGGGGGUGUCGUCGGUCCCACAGCAGAACAGGCAAACUGCAGUCAACUGGCCUGCUUUUGGAGCGCCGAGCAUCAGCAAAACACAGACGGCGAGAUGAAAUGCAGCACGAAAUACUGGAAUCAGUGGAGGCCACCAGUCAUGGAAAAAGUGUGAAGACACACGACUCACGGAAAGUUAGGGAUAUUCGGCUUUCGGGCAAACCUAAUACUGUAUGCACAACCUUUAGAGGUGAACUUCACGUGACCUUGUUGAAACUUUUGAAUGCGCAUUUCCAACUGUUCAGUGUUUCAGUACUUUUUGCGUAACUUGCUGUUCUCAAUCAUGGAGCCGAACACAAAAGUCUCAACAGGUGUGGGAUCCAUGAAUCAAGAUCUCACAAGAUCUUGUGUCACAAGAGAUUACAACGUGACAAGAUUUCUUGUUCAGAAAAAACACUAUUAAUUAAUCACACAAAAAAUAAAAAUUAACUUGAUCAUUUUGCCGGCUUCAAUAUAUCGCCAUGUGCAUGCGCGUCUGUUUUCCUCCAAACAGGCAUUGGUUUCAGCACCUUGACGCGUUUGUUCCAUAGAACAUUUCCAUGAAUGGAGUGAGAGCCCUUUUGUCAGUCAUACAGUCUCUUUGUCUCAGUGGGUGGAGGCGGGGCCGGUCUUCCGUUAAAAUCUGACCUCGCCCAGUUCUCGUAGACACAACCUCGUGUAUCACAUAAAGACAUAGUCUGCCUUUCUGUGACUCUGCUCGUGUCUCUUGCCUCGGUUUUCUUUAUUAAUUCAUUCAAUAAGGUCUGACGAAAACCAAAACGUAGGAAACCCAAGGCAAUUUUUCCCACAGGAAAUAAUAUAAAUCCAAUUCAUCUGCUCCAGAGAUUUUAAAAUAUAUUACUUAAUUAUAGUUUUACAAGCAAAAAACAAUGCAAAAUAAAUAUAAAUGACGAAUGGAUGGAACUUAUUGUUGAUGUGGACCUCCCGUGCAUCCUGGCGAGAUGGAUUUCAAUAGUGUUUCUCACCUUCUGUAUCUAAUUGUCGGCACUCACAACUUUCUUUGGCCCCAUGGCGGUGAUUUAGCAGUUUACGCGAUAAAAAAUGCACGGACUCUGAUUUGACAACACGUAGGGUGCUAUCUUUGGGCACUCGAUUCCGCGGCACGAUGCAAGUCAAACAGACUAGUUUGUUUUAUGCAAUAUUGAACAAAAACCGAGGCAAUUUUUUUUAUGAAACCCAAAAAUAUGAAAACUGGUGCGUACAAAAACAGAGGUUUGACUACGGUGUAUUUCAGGUUCAAAGUCGAAUAUCCCUAAGUUGUUCUGUCGUAUAUAUCGACACGCAGCAAACAUGCCAAAGCACAACCGGAUUCACACUUUUGAUUCAUUCUCACUUGGCAAGAUUGAUAAAUGUUAAAAUAAAUGUUUUUCUGUUCUCAACUUUAUGUAAAAACACGAGAAAGACACGGUGUAAAUAUUUCUACUGAGUGUUGCUUACUUUGUUUAUACAUAUAAAGGAUUUUCAAUGUAAUAAAUUAAAUGAACCUUUAAGCGUCUUGUUUGUA